AUGUAUGUUAUCUGUGCAGAUGUGAAAAAUGAAGACACCAGCAACUACCCAAAUGUGAAAAAAGAAGGCAAGAGUGACACAGACACUGACGAUGAUGACUUGAGUCUGUUGUACAUAGUUGGAGCCUGCGUUCUGGUGACUGUGUGUUUUGUCACUGGCAUCCUUUGCUUUGUGCUGCGCUGCUACAGACGUAUCCGAUACAGUGCUACUCCACAGGAUGACCUUGACAUCAAUGUGGAAAGUCUACCAAUAAAUUCAGCUUAUCAUCAGAUGAAAUCCAAUCGUCUGAAUCCAAAGCUAGAAAUCCUGGAGUUUCCCAGGAAUGAUAUCGUCUUUAUAGAGGAUAUAGGGCAAGGUGCAUUUGGGCGUGUCUUCAAAGCAAGAAUUGUGUGCAGCAAUGGGAACUGCCACAUCACAGGAGGGAGGCUGACUGGUAGCAAACACAGUCUCACCUGUGGAAAGAACUGUAAAAACACCAGAACUCCCUUUGACAGUAAAGGGGAUCUCAGGCACUUGGAAAUUCAUCCUUCCAAAAACUUUGACUCCAAACUGUUGGUAGAGCAUCUGUCGAAUUUGGGUGAUUAUGACAAAGGUGAUAGAGACAUCAAGAGUAACGAGGGGCAGCUCAUUGCUAUUAAAAUGUUAAAAGAAGAUGCUUCUGAGACUGUGCAGGCAGACUUUGAAAGAGAGGCUUCUCUGAUGGUAGAGUUUGACCAUGCAAAUAUAGUUCGUCUGUUGGGCGUCUGCACUGUAGGAAAGCCCAUGUGUUUGUUGUUUGAGUACAUGAGUAGAGGAGAUUUAAAUGGAUUUCUAAGACUUUGCAGUCCAGACCAGUGUCUGAGACAAAACAAUGCAAGAUUGAAUCCAUCGGAACAUUCUAGCAGCAUCAGUGUUUUAGACCAACUGUACAUGGCACGCCAGAUUGCAAACGGGAUGAUUUAUCUCUCUGAAAGAGGGUAUGUCCACCGUGACCUGGCUACCAGAAACUGCCUUGUCGGUAGCAACCUCACUGUUAAAAUCUCAGACUUUGGCCUUGCCAGGAGUGUUCAUAGUAUGGAUUACUACCAUGGCAGUGAUAAGGAUGCCAUUCCGAUACGAUGGAUGCCUCCAGAAGCUAUUCUGUACAAUAAAUUUUCUUCACAAUCUGAUGUGUGGUCAUUUGGAAUCCUGCUGUGGGAGAUCUUUUCCUUUGCUCUUCAGCCAUACUAUGGAAUGACUCAUGAAGAAGUUAUUAACUACCUCCGAGCAGGAAGAGUCUUAGCUGCUCCAGAUAAUGUGCCAUCUGCAGCCUAUGAACUGAUGAAGUCUUGCUGGCAGAAAAAACCUUCAUCUCGACCAAACUUUGUGUUCGUACACAAAUCCCUGACUUUUUUGCAUGCAGAAGUAACGAAACAACAGACAGUGAAUAUGUUGAGUUCAUAG